AUGGACGCACCAGUUCCUUCUUAUAAUGGAGGGCAACCAAUUCACAAUAUCCAACGCCAACCUACUUAUCCUGCAAAUCAUCAAAUUGUUGAUUUGCGUCAGAACGAUUUAGCUGCAAAAGCAAACAAAAGAAAAACUGAAAUCAUGAUUGUAAUGACAAUGUACAAUGAAGAUGAUCAAUUAUUUAUUAAAACAAUGUCUUCAGCCAUUAAAAAUGUUGCUCAUCUUUGUUCAAGAGAUCCAGUAACAGCCGACCCUGCAACGGACCCUUUCAGAGGGUUUGGCGAUGAAUUAUUUGACAUUGUCAGAUCACUUUACAUCAUGGUCAUAGUAACGAUAUUUAUUAGUUCCAUGGGUAACAGACCUCAAGGUUCCAAAUUAAUCUACACAUUGUGUAUUGUAUUAUUUGCCUUGAUCAUGGCAACCAUGUUAUAUUGUGCAGGAUAUACAGUUUAUUUGAGUGUAAUAAAAGAUAAUACUAUCAAUUUCAAAAAGCUACAAUCAAUCAAAGAAGCAUUAAGCAAAGCUGCGUUCCGUGAUAAUGGUACUUCCGGUGAUUUGGCCGUCGCUCAACCUGUUGCUGGUAAAGAUGGUAAAAAAUUGCUGCAAGUCGAGGUGCCAACAGAACGUAAAGAUAUCAAUGCUGCUUAUGAUCAUCUAAUCAGUGAUUUGAAAGUUAAAGUUCGCGAGGAAAAACAACAUAGAGAUGCUGCCACCAAAAAAGAAGAUUUCUACAAGUUAUUUAGAACUAAUUUGGUUUUGGUAUGGAUGUUUACAAAUGGUUCGUUGAUUGUAUUCUUUACAUCAAACACAUGGAAAAAUUAUGUCGCAGAAAAAAAUAUCAAUGGUGCUUAUAAUCCUUAUCUUACUUUUGUAUUUUGGUCUGUUGCUGGAUUAUCUGCAUUCAGAACAUUUGGCACUGUGUGGUAUUUGAUCCACAGAGCAAUAUUUGGUUAA